CUGGCACACGUGCCAAAGGGCAGAAGGGCCGGUGGCAUGCUGCGGCUGCUGGGGGCCGGCUGCGCCUGGGGUCUGGGGGCCGGUGGUGGCGUGCGGGGGCUGCUCUCGGGCCACUUGGGGCACGGCGUGCGUCCUGCCACGGCACUCUGCGACCCUGGCCACAGCCCCAGCCGCCGGACCUCCGAUGGCCCCCGGAACCAGCCCCCUAGCUCUGAGUUCGUGGCCCGGCCGGUGGGCGUCUGCUCCAUGAUGCGGCUGCCCGUGCAGGCCUCCCCCGAGGGGCUGGACGCUGCCUUCGUCGGGGUGCCCCUGGACAUUGGGACCUCCAACCGGCCCGGAGCGAGAUUUGGACCCCGACGGAUCCGGGAGGAAUCAGUGUUGCUUCGAACAGCCAACCCGAGCACGGGGGCCCUCCCCUUCCAGUCCCUCAUGGUUGCAGACCUAGGAGAUGUGAAUGUCAAUCUUUACAACCUUCAGGACAGCUGCCGCCUAAUUCAAGAGGCCUAUCAGAGAAUUAUAGCCGCUGGCUGUAUUCCUCUGACCUUGGGUGGAGAUCACACAAUCACAUAUCCUAUAUUGCAAGCGAUGGCAAAAAAGCAUGGCCCUGUGGGGCUGCUCCAUGUGGACGCUCACACGGACACGGCUGACAAGGCCCUAGGAGAGAAGCUUUAUCACGGGACACCCUUCCGCCGGUGCAUGGACGAAGGACUCCUGGAUUGUAAGCGUGUGGUGCAGAUCGGCAUCCGGGGCUCUUCCAUGACCUUGGAUCCCUACACUUACAGCCGGAGCAAGGGUUUCCGGGUGGUCCUGGCAGAAGACUGCUGGAUGAAGUCGCUGGUUCCUCUGAUGGGGGAAGUGAGGCAGCAGAUGGGAGGCAAACCCAUGUACAUUAGCUUCGAUAUUGACAGCUUGGAUCCCGCCUAUGCCCCGGGCACAGGGACACCCGAAAUUGCUGGUCUCACCCCUAGUCAGGCUCUGGAGAUCAUCCGCGGUUGUCAAGGCCUGAACGUGGUGGGCUGUGAUCUUGUGGAAGUUUCCCCGCCAUACGAUCCUUCUGGAAACACGGCCCUCCUGGCUGCUAACCUGCUGUUUGAGAUGCUGUGUGUGCUCCCCAAAGUGACAACUGUCUGAAUCUUGUGCUCUUCAAGAUAAAACAACAGAGUGCGCCAACGACAAAUUCUCAGGAAGAAUUUAUGAGCAAGCAGUCUGAGUACUAAAGAGUUUAUGCCAAUAAAACUUUCUGCUAAAAGUGUCACUGGCGGCUGUGAAAUCAGGGUGUUUGGUAGAACUCUAAUCCUAACAGCUCAUCUCUAAGGAGUCUGAACUGACUUAAAAAAGAAACAGAAACAAGCAGUACUUGGGCUGCUUUGGUUUUUUCCUUAAAUGAAAGAUGGUGGAGGAUAAAGGGGAAAAAAUAAAGGAUGGAGAAUUUACUUCAAGAUUACCCAAAAAUUGGUGGAAUGAAAUU